AUGGGCAACCUGACACCAGAUUCCAUGCCAGUUAAUAUGCGGGACAACAAGCACAAAAUGCAGGAGGCAUUAGCUGCAAGGAUCAUUGCAGCCAUCAAUGUUAGAACCCAGCUUUGGACAACUGUUGUGAGGAAGGACUGGAACACGGCCGUCCCUGACCACAGGCAACCUGGCCUAUUACCGGCCCCCAGCGUCCUGGCCCAUUACCAACCUCCGGCGACCUGGCCCAUUACCGGCAACACGGCCCGUCACCAACCCCCGGCGACCUGGCCCAUUACCAACUCCCGGCGACCUGGCCCAUCACCAGCCACCGGCAACAAGGCCCGUCACUGGCCCCCGGUGACAAGGCCCAUCACCGACCCCCGGCGACCUGGCUCGUCACCGGCCCCCGACGACCUGGCCCAUUACCAGCGACUUGGCCCAUUACCAGCCCCCGACGACCUGGUCCAUUACCGGCCCCCGGUGUCCUGGCCCAUUUCCGGCCCUCGGCAACAGGGCCCUUCAUUGACCCCUGGCGACCUGGCCCAUUACCAGCCCCCAGCGACCUGGCCCAUUACCGGCCCUCGGCGACAAGGCCCGUCACCGGCCCCCGGUGACAAAGCCCAUCACCGACCCCCGGCGACCUGCCCCCAGCAACCUGGCCCAUUACCGGCCCUCGGCGACAAGGCCCAUCACUGGCCUCCGGUGACAAGGCCCAUCACCGACCCCCGGCGACCUGGCUCGUCACCGGCCCCCGGCGACCUGGCCCAUUACCGGCCCUCGGCGACCUGGCCCAUUACCGACCCCCGGCGACCUGGCCCAUUACCAGCGACCCACAUGUGUGACUCAGAAUUCUGGACUCAGAUCCAAUGGGAUACCCGUAUUAAGGGAUACGGAAGUCCUUACAAACUUCCUGCUACAUAG